UACUGUUGUUAUACAUAGCCCGGGUUUAAAGAGGUGUAGGUUUCCUUUUGCAACUAACAGAGAUAACUAUUUGGUUUCUUCUAGGGUUGAGGUUGAGGAGAGUUUGCUCUAAGCUUUGAUUUCUUCUUCUUCUUCUGUUUUCACUUGAAGACAUGUCGAGCUGCAUCGAUGUUGUGCCUGAGCAACUUUGCUAUAUCCCUUGCAACUUUUGCAACAUAGUUCUUGCGGUGAGCGUUCCAUGCAGCAGCCUGUUCGAUAUUGUGACAGUCCGAUGCGGGCACUGCACCAAUCUAUGGUCUGUUAACAUGGCAGCCGCCGCAUCUCAGUCACUGUCAUGGCAAGAUAUUCAGGCACCAAAUUAUGCAAUACAGGAUCACAGGACAGAUCUGGGUUCGUCGUCGAAAUGCUGCAACAUGUUCUCGAUGCGACCUCUUCCUGCCGCUAACAGUGCAACCGAGGAAAGGGUGGUGAACCGACCUCCCGAGAAGAGGCAGCGAGUGCCUUCUGCAUACAACCAGUUCAUCAAAGAGGAGAUUCAAAGGAUCAAGGCCAACAAUCCAGACAUCAGUCACAGGGAAGCUUUCAGUACUGCUGCUAAGAAUUGGGCACAUUUCCCUCAUACCCACUUUGGACUGAUGCUGGAAACGAACAACCAGACUAAGGUGAAUAAUCAGGCUUAAGAAGCAUGUGAUGGCAAGAAGGGCGGUGCGAAACAAGUGAUUGCGCUUGAGAUUGAAGCAAAGGUUACGAUUUGAGGGUUUGAAGUGUUGAUCCAAGCGUGUGUUAGAAUAUGUAAUAUUUACUUGAACUCAGCUACUCCUCCACUUUCCAACCAAACAUAUUUACAAUCAAAAUAAAUUUCACUCUCUA